GUGUGCGCGUAAUAAUGCGUUCAUUUGGCUGUUAAUUUGGGUUUAUCGUGUUUGACUGUAUUUUGUGAUUUGGGAACGUUGGCGAGUAUCCGUGAUAAGACUUAGUGUUCAUUUUCGUAGUAUUAAUAUUGUUAAAUAAGUGAUUAAAGCGCAAACAAACAAUGAGCGCUCCGAAUAAGUGGUGUUUUGUUCCUGGUUGUACGACUACGUCGAAAAAUAAUCCAAACAAGAUUUUCGUUACUGUGCCACAAGAAUAUCGUCGCAAAAAACUAUGGUUCAAAGCAGCAAGACGAGAUUUUCCAAAAUCAAAGUGUUUGUUUUUCUGCUGUGUAGAUCAUUUCAAUUUAGAGGAGGAUAUGCAAAACUACAUGCGAUUUAAAUUAGCGGGAGGAAAUAUAAUAAUCAAACCGGAUGUUGUACCGCACAUUUUUGACUGCCAGCCUGACCGAAAGAGAGCGGCAACUGCACCUCAGCGUACAUUACCUCUUAAAAGGCAAAGAAUGCGGCUUGUAGAAGAAGCUCUAACUCGACAAGAAUCUUCUUCAAACUUAGAAACACCAUCAACAAGUCACACAAGCCUUCAUACUCUACAAGACGAACCUCAAGAACCAGCCGAAAAGGAAGAAGAACUGAGAAAACAUGUUGCAAUACAAGUGCGACCCUCAUUCCGGAGCAAGUACGUACAGUGUCAUAUAACCAGUUCGGUGCAACAUAUGGCAGUUUCACCAAUAAAAUUACCACAAACAUCAGAUGUCAGUACUUCUCCACAUGUGAAAAUGACACCAAUAAAGAAAGUAAGUACUCUUCUCUAUCAGCAGUAGCAGUGAUACAGAAGACAUUGAAUCGAGCUCUGUUGUACCAAGUACUUCGAGCAGUGAAAUGGACACCCUGAAGGAUACGGAAAGCGAGGCAAAGCAAGCAUUGCAGACAACACUCACACUGAUUGAAAGGGUGCCAAAAUAUUACGUGGGUGUUCCACAGGCUUGGUUGUCAACUGUGAUACAAAUAUUAAGUUCAAAGUCCAAACUUGCAACAGACAAUAUUCUAUUAACAUUAAUGAAAAUCAAACUUAACGAUUCCUUUUUACGCUUAGGUC